GUGUGUAAUAGUUAACUCUAACUAUGUUUCUAUCUUUUCAGGAUAUAUUACGAUGUCGAGUUUUAACAUCAGGAAUCUUUGAAACCAAAUUUAUAGUUGAUAAAGUGAAUUUUCAUAUGUUUGAUGUGGGUGGUCAAAGGGAUGAGAGGCGGAAGUGGAUUCAGUGUUUUAACGAUGUGACAGCCAUCAUCUUUGUAACAGCAUGCAGUAGCUAUAACCUCGUUCUUCGGGAAGACCCAAGCCAAAAUCGACUCAAAGAAUCCCUUGCACUUUUCCUAAGUAUCUGGAACAACAGGUGGCUACGAACUAUCUCAGUAAUUCUAUUUUUAAACAAGCAAGAUCUACUAGCAGAGAAAGUCAAGGCGGGGAAAUCUAAAAUAGAAGAGUAUUUUCCUGACUAUCGACGCUACCAAAUACCUUCAGAUAGUAAGUAUAAAGUGGUCCUCUACCUUCAUCUGUUCAUAAGGUUCACAGCAACCUAUGAGCAGCAUUUGUAAUUAACUUGUUCAAGUAUUAUAACAACUUAAAUGGCUAUAUAUUUAGAUAUUAUUGCAGAA